AUGCUGUUCACGUUAUUAAAUCCCAAGAGGGAUACGCCUGCAACUCGGAAUGGUUUCAAUUGUGUGAAGAUGUGUGCAGCCUCUGAAUCGUUUAUGGGGCCAACCGAUUCAUCUACUCAGGUGGUAUCACUCUACGAUACAGCUGUCAUGUCUACGCUCCGUGGUUGCAAAGCACGCUUGACCAACGCGAUCAACAAUUUGACGCGGCUGGUCAACUCGGCGAACUCCAAUUACCCAACCGUUUUCCAUUCGGAUGCCCACCCGGCAGUACAGCUCCGCACCCUCCAGCGUCGAAUCGAGGACAUGGGAAACGCCAAGAUCUCCAUUGAAAUAGCAUUGGAGACAUUCCAACAGCGCCACGAACACGCCAUAAGCUUUAUCGAAAACCGACCGAACGCCAUAGAGCUUAUGGAUGCCUUUGACAUCUACUGGCGCGAUCACAAAGGUGACGAAAUGGAACCAACCGCAACCGCUACCAUCUUUGCCCUCGACGAUCUUAUCCGCAAGGAAAACGAACUUGCGGAUAUGCUUCGCACCACUAUAAGCGCAUCCACCACACCACAAUAUAACCCUACUAACACCACUGAUGAGCCGAUGGAUGUCACAUCCAUCAGAAACCCUACCCUAACACCACCGCAUAUGUCCGGAGGCUCAUCACCACCAUACCCUGCUGCGGAUACCAUGAAUGUACAACUCCGCAAGGUAGAGUUGCCUACCUUUGAUGGGGAUUUUUCCACCUAUUACGAUUUCUGGGCCAAAUUUAAGACCGCGGUCCACGACAAUCCAUCCCUAUCCACCGCUGCCAAAUUUAUCCAUCUUAGUAGCAGCCUUAAAGAAAUUAGAGAACUUGCCAGCGUCGUCUGCCGCCGCUUCAUCGCAGAGGGACACGUUAUGCCAGAUCCAAGCAUGUAUCCUGCAGCUCAACCGCUUCGAGACACGUCAACAUCGCUAUCGCUCAAGAAGCUCAUUCGCAGCAAGUUCCCACGAGAGACUCAGCUGGAAGUGAACAGGAUGGAACACAGACCACUUUUAUCCAUCAGUGACACAUCAUCUUCACCACACGUCCUUCGACCAAUAGAUUUCGUCUCACCGCAAGUGGAACUCCAAUUACCAUCUCCGCACCACAACCCUCUCUACAUCUCUCCAAACCGUCUUUCCGAAUGGUAUAAGGAGACACUCGCCGUAUUGAACAACUUCUGGGACAUUUGGUACAAGGACUACUUAUCCGCAAUAUCCGCACGUCACCAACACCGUAUCCAUCAAGGAAGGUCCAGUCCACUCAUUCCAUCGGUAGGAGACGUUGUUCUCAUUGCCGAUAAGAAUGUUCCACGUGGACAAUGGCCUUUAGCCAUCAUAACCACUAUCCACCGCACCAAAUCCAACAUACCCAGAUCAGCCACUGUCCGCAUUGCAAACGGUCAUGAGUUGCAGAGAUCGAUCAAUCAACUACACCCAUUGGAGAUUUCUGCAAAGGAAGACCCACGACCGAAGAAGAGCCGCCAACAACUGCAACCCACAAGGAUCCAACCACCACGAGCAGCCAAACGGGUACGAUUCGCACUUGGUACAAAGCGAGCGUGA